CGAGCCUGAAGAGGACGCUUAUAAGUGGCCGGCAAGAACUGCUCUUCAGAAAGUCGAGGUUUUACUUGGUUUGUUCAGUCAGCAGUGUGUUUCGUUUUUUUGGCGGAGUCGGCAUGGAACGGACAGGAAUUUAUUGCGUUCUUCUAGCGCUACUGGUACUGGUGGCAGUGCACACGUGUUACGGGCAGAAGCCAGAUCUGAUCAUACGCUACGGCAAGUCCUACCCAGCCCGGCCGCGGGCCUUACCCAAGCCAUCCUUCUACGCUAAAAGGAACCAAGUACUCCUGCAGGACAGUAAUGGCAUCUCGCCCGAGUACCCUGGGGAAGAGGAGACGGGCGCCGCCAAACCUGUUAUUGAUGACGAAGGAUUUUUUGAGACGCCUUUUGAUUUCGACCCGUUUUCCCUCUGGAGGUCGCAGAGGCAACGAAUGACAAGACCAAAGUUUCCCCGGAACUGAUGAUGAGAUUUGAGUUUCCCCCCGAAAACAUAGAAUGGAAAAGGUAUAGAUUUAAGUUUAAAACGAGUCCACUGCUCUAAAUUUUUUUGCAGACAACAUGAUGUUUUCAGUCUGUUGCUCAUACCAAAUGAGAUUCGAGGAAAAUGAUAUGCCACAAGUACGAACAUGUUUUCUUUAAGUUUAUAUUUGCAAACGACAAAAAUUCGUUUUACACUCUGUGUAACUUUAAAGGUGCGCCAUUUUUUUUUUUUUAUUUUUUUUUUUUAACGACUGAAUCCCUCUCUUUCUUGUCGAGUUGAUGUACUGGGGAAAAAAAGAGCAAUGAUAUCAUAUUAAUCUAAAUUGUCACGGUACCUUAACAGAAAACUGAUUUUGAAUUAAUUAAAUAGCUUUCUUAUAACCAAACAAAUCACACACUCCUUGGGUAAUGUCAUUUUGUCCAAAUUUAAAUAUCAGAGAAUUUUUGGCUGUUUUGUGUUUAUUUUGAUCUAAAAUCUUAAGAUUCAGUCAUAUUAAAGCGCCACAAACGCACAAUCUGCCAAAAGACGCUUAAAAACAAUUAAUAUCUGUGUAUCUUUUUACAAUUCAGUAGUUUGGAUAUACGAAUGAAUUUGACCUUGUCGCAAGGAAAACAGCUCAAAAGUAUGUAAAAAUAACUUGUUUUAUUGUGAUAUUAUGUGUCAUACCGUCUUCUCGACGGAAGGUAAACAAAAUGUUAAAUUUAAGUAGAGAGGUGUUUUUUUCAAUUUCGUGCGUAAUGAUGUAAAUUACUAGAUACCUUUUUUUCUGAUGAUUUGUUUACACAAUCAAGUAAUUAUUUGGUGAAUUUAUUUCUUGUGGGGACCUCUUUUGUACCUUCUACUUAACUUUAACUCAUUCUCUUGAUACCAACAAUUGUCACAAAGGUCGUUUUAUCACUUAAGCUGUUCAACUUGGACUAGGCUUCUCUGUUUUCAGUUGUAUAAAGAGACUAACAUGUACCACAUAGAUUUAGCUUGGUUCUCUGUCAGUUUACAUACUUGUCCAUACACAGUUCUUUAGAAGACUUAAAAUGUGAUGAUUUUUUUUAAAAUAAUUUCUUUGAAACGCGUACUUUUGCGCCUUUGCUGUAUAGUGUCUUUUGCAUGCAUAAUCAAGGAAUAAGUAAACGUAAGCCAAAACCAACCCCAGCCCCCUACGCACCUUCACGCUUCAUUCUGAAAAGUGGAUGACAAUGUUGGACAUAAUAUCUGAGUAUUUUGAUCAGUGCAUCAAAGGGAAGAGAAACUUACUCAGUGUAACCUCUAAUCUAGGACGGCUACAACCACAUUGAAUAGAUGGAUUGAUGUGGGGGGGGGGGGAAUGGCAAUGGUUGACCAGCCUAACAGGAAUAAAUUAUUACUCGCGUGCGGCUAUAUGGACUCGGUAACCUUGUUAGUCCACGGAAGGGCAAACUUCGGGACGUGUAAAUGUACCCUCUAUAUUCAUUGCUGGGAGGCCCUGAACGUCGAGCACUUCCUCUAGCUAACACUGACCGGUGAACUGCCGCUGAUGCAGUCACACAAAGUAAGAGUGAAAUAUUGAACGGCCAUCCGCGAUAUCCACUUCAAAUCGAAACGUGCGUGUAUAACUCAAAGGGGCUGGAAAUCUUGCCAACAGUGCAAACUUUGCAAAAACGGAAUGAGAGUAUCUAAAGUUGAAAACCACUCUCUAGGGGUGUUCUGCGAUAAAAAAAAAAGAAGACACAUUUUCAUUUGCAUGUUUCCCCUCCCCCGCCUACCCAAAAAAAAGUUUUCAUGAAUGCCGCAACCACACUGCUAAUCCUUAUCGCAAAUAUGAUUGAUGAAGUUACCCGAAAAGACAAUAUGCCAAUCAGAUGUCGAGUAAUGCUACACUCGACGAAAAUAAGCAAGAUGAAGAUCCCAGAUUGACGAAAUUAACCCAAUAUUUUACACACGAUUGAUAUUGAUGGUCGAAAUGUCAUUGAUCAAUAACUCAAUAAAUUGCAAAUUGCUCUAGAUUGAUAGCGAACCCCUCAUCUUUCCUCCGUUGUUUAAAAGCUGAACUAUAUCGAAGAUGUGACAUUUUGUUUAUAUUGCAGUCAGGUGACGCCGACUUCCGACCUAAACAAACAACGAUGGUACGCUGUACCAUUAUUGAUAUACCGUGAAGCCUCAGCGGUUAACUUGACGUUAAUAUACCCUACCAAAAUAAAUAGACGCGAUGUUAAAAUUAACUCGUUAGGUUCACUAUUGAACCAUUGUACAUAUAAGCUCCAAUAUAGAAAUUUCAUGGUGUUUCAUUAAAAACAAAGCAAAAGAAACUUGCGUCAGCAUGCAUUGAGGUAUACGUUCGUAUUUAAAUGGAAAUAUCUACGAGAGUGCCAGUUUUCCAUAAUGUAUGCCCCUGCUGAUGUUUGGCAUUGCCAAAGGGUAAAGAAAAUGCACAAUUUAAAUUCAUUUCGUACUGCGAGACAUCUCUCUUUCACCCAUGGUGAGAAAGCUUACUGGGCGACUGGCCUCUUGGGAAAAAAAAUUGAAAAGAAUGUUGAAGAUUUACAUUUACACGAAAAUGACAACAUUGCAUAGUGUGGCAAUAGUGCUUGUAAAUGGCACAGGGCAAACAGUCACUAUCACAGGAAACAGUGAACCCAAAUCCAAUGCAUCUGAGGUGCUUAAGGGACAAACCUUCUUUUGGAUAUUACAAUUUUGUUUGAAAAUUCAUGAGCAAUUCCUGUCGACAGUUAACGAUAAUUAUAGCAUAGUCCAGAUACAAACAAGUAAAGACAGCAACAGGUGCUAACAGAAAUUACUUGAUUGCCUGUAGCUCUGGUGAAAUAAUCUAAUGCGAUGGAUGACAGGGUUUGUUAUGCGUGCAAGAAUAAUUGUGUAAAUUAUACUAAGAUUUUAGAGUAGCAUUGUGAACUAGGUUAAAUAUAACAGUUACAUCAUGUCCCUUUUAAACUAAUCAAACUUUGUUACCAGUUACUUGAAUUGGAUGCUUACAAUUUAGCAACGAAGACAAAAAAGUGCAAAAUUAAUGUUAAUUGUAAAUUAUUACAAACUUUCCUUUACGCCAUUCCUUGCUUCAGUGCUAACAAAUAUUCUCAAGAGAAAACCCGAUGUUUUUAGCUCGAGUAA